ACGUCUCCUGCGACCUCAUAAACAACAUCAUCGGUGGAUUUUGCACCGGCACCAGAUGCCCAAGACUAAAGACAGCCAAAAAUUUGAAUUAUUAUGGAAAAAAGAAAGAAAGGGGACUUGGGAAAUUGAGUCACACCUCUUCUCUGCCAGGGAAAAACUCCAACUCCAUAUCCAUUUAAUUCUGAACUGUAAAAUUCUACUUCACAAGACUCCUCAAAACAGUAUACUCUUUAAGGAUGUAGACAUCUUACUAUAAAAUGCAGAAUACAUUUACAACACAGUGGCUGGAGACUUCAGAUGGCAAAGGCGGGCUUUGUACACUGUCCAAAUGAACCUGAUGUGGCGAAGUGCUUCUUUUGCCUGAUAGAACUGGAGGGCUGGGAACCAAAUGAUGACCCAUGGGUGGAACACUCCAAACGUCGCAACUGUGGCUUUUUAUCCCUUACUAAGCACUUUGAUGACCUGACAAUGGAGGAGUUCUACAUGCUGGAGAUGACACGGCUGAGAACCUUCCUUUGUGAAACUGGCAGAAGCAUAAUCAACUCUUUUGAAGAAGAAGUUGCUGCAACUAGGAAGCGUCUUGUGGAUAACUUUGUCUCUAAACAUCAGUAUAUAUCACAGAUGCCAACAGCUUGCCAUGAUGAUCCACCUGCCCAAUCUUCUGAAAGUUCUUACUACCAGUCAAAAAAAAUCCAGGAGAAGUGUGAAGUCUGACUCUAAAAGCUUAUCUUUUCUACAUAUGGAGAUUCACAGUUAGACAAAAAGAGAAGAGCAGCUUGUCCUUUUCAAAGAGUGAGCGACAGACAUUGACAUAAACCCCUUGAAAGAUGAGAGCUUGUUUUUCUUCUUCAAGAUCUGGCCUUUCUCUUGCAACUACAAUUCCAAGAAGCUGAUCCUGCAUUCCUUCUGAAGUUAUCAUGAAAUUCAGUAAUGUUACCUGGCAGAAGAAACAUGUUUUGAAAAAUAACACAAUUAUGACAAGAUUCAAUUAAAAUGUAUCUUCAUUUCCAAGAUGGGGAGGAUUGUAUAAUAUCAUGUAAAAUCAUCAACCAAAAUUUGAGAGUAAAUGAGUUGCAGGUGAGGGUUUAAGAUUGUGAGUGGGAAAGCUAAUUCCAGGAUUAACCAAAAAAGUUAACUAAAUAAUGUUAAAAAGCCCUUUGAAACAGAGCUGUGACAAGAAUGCAUAGAGUUUCACUCUGUUCCUCAAAAUUACUUUAGAAAUCUAAACGUAAUAUCAAUGCUUUGCGUGAUUAGUCCUUAAAAUGUGAAGGAGUAAUAUUACAUAUAAGAUGGACCUUCGCAUUUCAUACCUGUAGGCAUCAAAUAGCCUUCACAGUGAAAGCAGGAAAACAAUUUUUAUGAAAGAAAGAUUCAACGUAAUGUACAGAAUUUGUAAAUAAAUUUGGUAUUGUUUGCUUUCCAGAAUUGUUGCAUCUACUGAAAAUGGGAUGCCUGACACAGUAUUUUGGAAAAAUACAGAUACAGAUCAGAUCACAUUUUAUGGGAUUUAGAAACUUUUCACCUAAAGAACUUUUGCUGUUCUCAUAAAAUAAGUGGUAAUAUACAUGCUGAAGUUAUACUUCAAACUAUUAUUGUGUCUGCCACACACAUUUUGUCUCUUUAACAGCCUUGUUCACAUGCAAUUUAUGUUGUGAUUAUUACCAGGAUAUUUGUAUUCAACUAGAAAUAGGAUAGCAUCAUGUUCUCUUUUUUCAUAAGAAAAUAACAAUGACUGAAAAUAGGCUUUAAUGUUUAAAAUAAUUGCCAUGCCAUGAUAUAAUAUGCAUAACUGAUCCAGAAGAAGCCACAAGGUCUAGUUGAGCAAGUGGCAAAAAUAGAUAGUAUUUUACAUGGAUAAAGGAAGGAAGACAUUGCCUGCAGAAGGCUAGAAAGUAGUUUAAUGAAUGUAAUUCAUAACUGAAAAAGUAUCAGUUUUAACAAAUUGACUAAGUAAUAGUGACUAGAGAUUUGGGGCAUUUUGGGGUGUACAGAUGACCAUUGACUUACUUUUCAAAUGAAAUUCACCUUGUGCAUAGUGAUCAGUUAGAAUACAGUACAGAGUAUCUGCAAACUGAAUUUGUCUUGAUCUGAUUCCUCCACUAUUCAUAUCUGUAAGUUGUCCAUGUAUGUGUAGAGUUUCUUAAUGAAUUUUGCUUGGAAAGGUAGGAGGAGGAGUAUUCUAACUUUCUUAGAAUAUACCACAAAUAGUUAUUUAUCAUAGUAAGCCUGUUCUGAAUGAAUUUUAGAAGUACAGGAUUUUGCUGUACAACAGCACAUCACACUGUUCUUCCACUCAGGAAUUCUGAGAGGAAUGCCAGUUAUGUAUGAGACUAAGAAUCAUAAGAUCUUCACAAUCAUCACAGCCUAAUUUUUCCCCAUCUUUAGCAACUUUAGUCCUGGUAGUCUAAUAGGAAAUAUAAAAGGGACCUAAUGUUUCCAAACUAUAUAAGGGUAUUCCAGGGGCUCCAUUUCCCUUCCUCAAGGUACAAGGUUAGCUACGAAUAGCUUUAUUAGUUAAUUUUCAAUCGGAGCUGCCGUGACCUGAAAAGUUGGCUGGUUCAGACAUUUGAACCUCUGAGGUCUAAGUGCAAACUGCUGUUAGAGUCUAUGUUUCUCUUUAGUUCUUGAGGGACAGAAUUAUAUAUAUACUUUUUUUUGUAAUGGACAUGCCUACGUCAACUUUUCCCCAGCAAUGCUGAAGAUUCUGAUUUUUUACUAUUUUCAUAUGCAUGGUAUUUCUGAUUAAUAAUCUUCUAGAAAUGGAGAAAAGCUACUCCAAAUGGCUCAUAACUGUAAAUGCAUAAUCUGUGUCUCUUCCUGGACUUCACUACAUAAGUGAUGUAGGAAUUCACUACAACCUUUUUCUGUGAAAUAUGAUAACCAUAUUAACAACCAUUCUCCCUGGACUCAUUUCAUUAGCUAGCUCUUGAAUAAUCUUCAAGGCAAAAUCACCACCAGAUGUUGCUCUUAGCUUCAGACCAUGGUAUUUAAAUAGUACUUUUCUGCCUACUGCUCCCAGUACCUGAGCUACCUUAGUCAGCUCAGCAAUAUGUAGUGUAGCUAGCAGUAUACCCAGUAAGGGCACAAAGCAACCACUCCUCAUUAGAGCAAUUAACAACUUAUGUCUGACUGCACGGAACCCAGGUACAGAAGAUGAAUCUUUAGAAACUUCACAUUCUGGGGAAAAAAGACUGUACUGACUGUUGACUGGCAACUAGGAGACUUCAAUUGUCUGUUAAAUAGAAAUCUUUUCUUAAGAAAUAACUUUAAUUUAGCUUUUAAAUUAUACAUAUUCUAAGAGUAAAUCUUUUGGAUAUUUUCUGCUUUUCGUAUUUCCUCUUUUUUUCUGAACAUGCAGCUAGUUACCUUCUUUGAUGAAGGUCAAUGUCCAGGUAAUGUGAUCUGUAUUGAAGUCAAAAGUUACUCCCUUUCACUAACUUUUUGUCUAUUUUUCCUGCAUCAGUGCUCCGUAACAGCUGAAAUUUAACUUAGUGUUCCAUUUUGCUGAAUAUCGUAUUAGUUUACAGACAAAUUUUAGAUUUCAAGAUUCUGUGUUUCAGUAUAGGCUAUGUUUAACCAAAGUGUAAAUUUGCAAUAUUUUCCUAUAAACAAUCCUUUAAAAGCAAUAAUGAAUAGAAGGUUGAUUAGAUCUCCUGAGCAAGAAGAAGAAAACACUAGUUUUAUUCUUUAAAGCAGGAAACACCUUUUCUUGUCCCUAACACAGAAACACAAGAAUGGCUAUAGCUAUCAGAUAUACAAAUCUGGAAAUCUGUAUUCUGUCCAUAAUAAACAAGGCACAAUGUCAGGAAUUGCUCAGACUCUUGUCCCGAACUAUAUCAUAGAUGAAAAUCUUGAAUCUAAAAGCCUAAUGUAGAGUUUGCAUGUGAGGUAACUAUUAUAUGAAUUCUGUAUAAAUAUUUUUAUUAUAAAAGUGACUAAAUAGCAUCAGGUGAUAUACACUGGGAAGGGCAUUAAAAUUAAAAAAGUUUUAAAUAUCUCACAGUACAAGUAGAUGACAGUACUGCAAGGUGAAAUAUUUGACUUGAAAACAUCAGCACUCCUAGAUGACACCAGUAUUCCAGCUGCAUCAAAAAGAGAACAACAUUGGCAGGGAAAUGCCAGAAACUCCUCUCUGGUUGAGCCAAGGAAUCAUUUCAAAAUUAAAGCAGAGUUGCACAUUCAUUUUCAAAAUUCUCACCUUAACAGAUGUUUCAGGAAGAUAAUGUGGAUUUCUCAGCUUAGUUGUAACAUAAAAGCGGAAGUCAGGAGCAUACUCAAUUGUGGAGUCUCCGAGGCGUAUGCAUAUACUACCCAACUGCUUAAAUGUCUGUUUGAGCAGAAGUGGCUCCAGGAUAGGAUCCAAUUCUUCUCCAACAUUCUCCAGUAGCACUUGAAUAUAACACUAAGAUUCAGUAUGAUUUGCUUUGUGCUUAUAUUAACUUAAUGACAGUUAGUUACAUGUAUGUAUAAUGUGUACUUACAGUGCUCAAACAAUACAAAUACUAAUCUACAAAUAUCUAGAAAUAAGGUUAAUGUUUGUUAGAGUAUUCAGUUCUUUGAAAAAUGAAUCAGAGAAAUGUACCUUUAAUUCCUUUUUCUAAUAUUAUAACAAGUUGCAACCAAGCAACUAAAAUGCUGCCACUAUUAAUAUGGAUAUAGAACAGCAAUCUUAAGCUACCAUUUUUUACAAGGGACCUAACAGCAAAUUAAAUGCCAUAUGCUAUAGAAAUCAUUUUGGGUGCCUAAGUCUACUUUUAUUUUCACUGUAAGCCUAUAAAAUUCUCAAAAUUAUGAAAGAAAUAAUGGAGAAUAAAUUUCUUUACUUGUAGUCCAGUUAUCCAUUGAAAAAUAACUGCAGUUGUAACUAUAUACUUCACUAACUCAUUUAUAUAUGAGAGUACUACAAGACUUGCCAAAAAGACUACUGUACUGAAUACAAGAAUCAUUAAAUAAUCACAGCCUAGCAGUCUCAUAAUUUAUACACAUCUUGAAAAGCCAAAUAAAAAUAACAUUACUUUUUAGAAAUAAAAUAACUUAUAAAAACAAAGAAAUGGCAAAUCUCAAACAGAAAUCAAAAGAUACAAAUUAAAUUGAAGAUUACAAUUAGAUUGUGCUGUGAAGUAUUUGACUGGAAAAGAAAGAAACAAUCCUCUGUUUUCCUCAAUUACGGAAACAUUUGACAUUCACUGCAGCUUCAUCAUUUUUUAGUUAAUUGUGCCCUCUCCAGGUUCUUCUGUAAUUUACGCUUCCACUAUUUAAUAAACUUACCAGGAGUGCCAAACUGAAUGCAAUUUUCCAGUGUUCUUACAAAUUCAGUGUCGCUGAGUUUGAUUAUAUGCAAACUAUUGGCUUUUUCCAUAUUCUUUAUCCAUUUAUUUGCUUGACCCUGAGGAUCUAUCAGCAGAGGCCAUCUUCUUGCAUUACUGUAGGGGAAAAAUGAUUAUAAAUUUUCAAAACUGAAAUAUAAGUUCUUCACAUGUAUACCUUAAAGUAGGAAAGUGAUUUAUUUCCUUUUGUCAUUAAAAUAAAGUCAACUAAAUAUGAAAUCCCAGUAGAUAUAUCCUGGAGUAAAACCCUUAAUGAAUUUACCAGGAGACACAGGAAUCUUAAGGUUGUUUACAAAAUAUGACAUUUCCUCCUUCAAAGAAAGUACUCAGAAUAAUACUUUUUACCUCCUAGCAAGUUUAAUCUCACUUAAUUUUACAAUUUCAAAAUAAGACUGUUCUUUAACUUUUGAAAUUUUGAGCAGCUGUAAUACAGUCACGAUAUAUAUAACUUGCAUUUUCUAGCAAAUGAAUGGAAUUUUCUACUAAAGACAGAUUUCACAUUUUGUAUAUGGAAAAUACUUAAGCAGAUUCGGAGUCAUCUAUCUUUUAAUACCUGCUUUUAAGCAGCAACAGACACACAGAACUUUGGAAUUUUAUUUUCAGCAAACUUAAUAACUAUUUCUCAGAUUUUUUGCAGUAUUUUUGUACCAUAUCACUUAAAAACAAACCUUCUAAACAGGCAAAUGUGAGAAUUCCAAAAUGAAUUUAGUUUUAAACGUUUGGAUCAAGGGAACGAUCGGACCCCAAGUGUUUAAGACAGCCAACGUAAUCAACUAUUCUAAGAAAAAUGAUACUUUUCUUUUCCAAAUCCAGUGUGAAAAGUAUUAUUUCAGACUACUCCUAUAGCCUCUUUAUCUUAUUACAAGUCAGUUUAUUCACAAUGACACUGGUAAAUUAGUUAGCAAAUUCUAAAAAAUUAACACAUCUCUCAAAAAAUUCUGAUUUUUAUUUACAUGUUCCCAAAUAAAACUUGCAAUGUAAA